UCUGUGUCUACAGAAAGAAACUCUGUGAGAGUAGUUUUAGCUCUGAUCAUCCUCUGAGGAUCAGCUGCUCUACUUCUCCCAUUUUAGGAAGAAGCAACCUGUGAUGUUGCUCGUUAUCCUUAAAUUCACUUGUCUUAGGGUCAUGGGUCAACUCUUCAAUUUCAAGAGCUUUUCGAUUUUGUAACAUUGCUGUAUUGUGUGGCCUGAACUUUAGUUCAUUCGACCAUCUUUCUCCCUCCUUUAUUAACUGUUUAAAAUGAUCCUUUUAUUAUAGUUGCUUGACAAGUUAUUCUUUUUUAGUGGCCAUGCUCCUUUUCUUUUUCCCUCUCUCCUUAAGUGCCACUACAGUACUAUUCACCAAUCUGCCCCAAGGAAUGGGAAAAAAGAUAUUGAGGGACAUAAAUCACAUCAAAACUACUGCUGAAUGAGCUGAAUGUAUAUGUAGGACCCAACCUCGAGUCUCUUAAUUUGCACAGUGUGUGUGGAAUGAGCACAGGCUGCCAAAUCUCAGAUGGUGCUGUACUGAGUGAUGCCAGCAGCAGCAUGUCCAAAGGAAAUAGUGCUGUGAAAAUGAGUGGCAGGACAGGACUUGGUGGAGGAGAAAGCAGGAUAUACUUGUUAUGGUUGUCUUUGGGCGGAAGCUUACGUCUUUCUCGACAAUAGCACUUAACCAGCUGCAGCACGAGAAGAAAUACGACAUUUAUUUUACAGAUGGAGAUGUUUAUGCUCUGUACAGGAAGCUGCUGCAGCACGAAUGCUCUUUGUGUCCUGAUGCAAAGCCAUUCAACACCUUUGCAGAUCUGGAGCAGCACAUGAGGAAGCAGCAUGAGCUCUUCUGUUGCAAACUCUGUGUUAAACACUUAAAGAUUUUCACCUACGAACGGAAGUGGUAUUCCCGGAAGGACCUGGCGCGCCAUCGCAUCCACGGCGACCCCGACGACACCUCCCACCGCGGGCACCCCCUCUGCAAGUUCUGUGACGAGCGGUACUUGGAUAACGAUGAGUUGCUCAAACACCUGCGGCGGGAUCAUUACUUCUGUCACUUCUGUGACUCUGAUGGUGCUCAGGAAUACUACAGUGACUACGAAUACCUGCGGGAGCACUUCCGCGAGAAGCACUUCCUGUGCGAGGAGGGCCGGUGCAGCACGGAGCAGUUCACCCACGCCUUCCGCACGGAGAUCGACUACAAGGCACACAAGACAGCCUGCCACAGCAAGAGCCGGGCAGAGGCCCGCCAGAACCGCCACAUCGACCUCCAGUUCAACUAUGCUCCGAGGCACCAGAGGAGGGGUGAGGGUGUCAUAGGUGGAGAGGACUAUGAGGAAGUGGACAGGUACAACAGGCAAGGCAGGGCGGGCAGAUCGUGCGGCCGAGCAAGUCAGCAGAACAGAAGAGGCAGCUGGAGAUACAAGAGGGAAGAAGAAGACCGAGAUGUUGCAGCAGCGGUCAGGGCCUCCAUGGCGGCUAAACGGCAAGAGGAGAAAAAGCGGGUGGAAGACAAAGAGGACAGCAGCAGUAGAGGGAAAAAGGAGGACUCGAGGGAUUUUGAAGUGCUCAGCUCUAAACGUGUGCCAAAGUCUUCACAUGAUGCUACAGAAGCAGCUGCUAAUGGUGCUCUAAGGCAAGAUGACUUUCCAGCAAUUGGUUCAGCAGCAGGACCUCUGCAAGGCUCUGCCCAGCUAGCAGCAGUUAAGCUGAAAGAAGAAGACUUCCCAAGCUUGUCAUCCUCCUCAGCACCCACCAUCUCCUCUGGGAUGUCUUUGAUGUAUACAGCGACUGCAAAGAAAACAGCUUUCCAAGAGGAGGAUUUUCCAGCUCUGGUGUCCAAAAUGAGGCCUAACAAUAAAACAGUAACUAACAUCACAUCUGCGUGGAACAACGGUUCCAGUAAAAACGUGGUCAAAGCCAUGAGCAACCCCUGUGUAAACCAGGGAGCCAAAAAACCAUCCUCCUUGAGUGGCACUAAAGGAAGUAAGAAGAGCAAUAAACUCUCUCUGUCAGAUGAUGAAGAUGGCGGUGGUGGUUUGACCACCCAGGAGAUCAGAAACACACCGACAAUGUUUGAUGUAUCGUCCUUGCUGGCAGCUUCUACCUCACAAACUUUUACUAAAGUGAGCAAGAAAAAGAAGAUAGGGGUUGAGAAGCAGCGAGCAGCCUCCCCACACCUCUUCCAGGAGACAUCUUUUCCCAGGUCAUCGACUGAGAAGCUGCCAGAAGCGGAGCAGACAGCGAAUGCCUCCUCUGCUCUUCACGGCCCCGACCGACCCCCAGCCGUUGUGAAUGGUCACUUGGAAAAACCCUCAGUGAUCUGUAGUACACCCAAAGACCCCCCUGGCCUUAAAAAGCCCACAGUGACUAACAAAUGCCCUUUACCUCAGGAAGACUUCCCAGCCCUUGGGAGCUCAGGAUCGGCCCGAAUGCCCCCGCCACCAGGCUUUAACACUGUGGUGCUAUUGAAGAAUCCUCCACCGCCUCCGGGACUGUCGGUGCCUGUCAGUAAACCGCCUCCAGGUUUUGCUGUUAUUCCAUCCACCAAUAUCUCUGAACCUGUCACUACAUCCUUGAAAGAGCCCAAACCCUGUCAUGGCUCCUACCUGAUACCUGAAAACUUCCAGCAGCGGAACAUUCAGCUGAUCCAGUCCAUUAAGGAAUUCCUGCAAAGCGACGAGUCCAAGUUCAAUAAGUUUAAAACUCACUCUGGGCAAUUCCGGCAGGGUCUGAUUUCUGCAGCACAGUAUUACAAAAGCUGCCGAGAGCUGCUUGGAGAGAACUUCAAGAAAAUCUUUAACGAGUUGUUGGUGUUGUUGCCGGACACAGUUAAGCAACAAGAACUGCUUUCUGCUCACAAUGACUUCAGAAUCAAAGAAAAACAAAGCUCAAACAAACCCAAAAAGAACAAAAAGAAUGUUUGGCAGACAGACUCCAACUCGGAUCUCGACUGCUAUAUCUGCCCCACGUGUAGGCAAGUGCUCACCCAGCGGGACGUUGUCACCCAUAAGGCUUUGCAUAUCGAGGAUGAGGAGUUCCCUUCCUUACAAGCCAUCAGCAGAAUCAUCAGUUAGCUUUCCAGAAGGCCAAUAAAACCCUCUCUUUCUCUCUGAA